UCGUGUAGCUUCGCUAUUAUGAGCGACACACUCGCGCACUCUCAGCAGCCCCUCCUCAACUUUAAGUAGGCUUUUUCUUUCGUCUUCUCCGGCGUGUAUGCUCCGGAGUUGGACAUCUGAGCGGAUUACGCCCAAGCCAAAGCCACCGUGAUCUGAUUCAAGCCCAGAAACGAUCUUUUUUAGUGUCUGGGGAGAGGAGCAACAUGCCUGUCCCAACUCUUUUGCCUUUUACCACCACCCCGAGUCGGAAGUCAGCCAGCCAGACCUCAUUCAGGCUGACGGAGAAAUUCAUCCUGCUUCUGGUCUUCAGCGGCUUCAUCACGCUGUGUUUCGGAGCUAUUUUCUUUCUGCCGGACUCCUCCAAGCUGCUCAGCGGAGUUUUCUUCCAUUCCUCCGCCGUGGAGACCAACACUCGCACCGGUCCGGAUGGCGUCGGUGACCUCGGCUCGGCUGGAAGUGACGAGAAGGUCCUGGUCAAGAUCAAGAAGGACCAUGAAAAAGCCCUACUGGAGGCGAAGGAUACUCUACAGAAACGUCCUGAUGAGAUCAAGCAUGACAUUUUGAAGGAGAAGGAGAAAAUUGCCCAGGAGAGUUUGAGUCGAGGUGUGAAGACCAAUGAUUUACCUUACGUCGAGUACCGGCGACCCCCAGGGGCCACCGGACACGAACCACUGGACUCUUCCACAAGGGUCAAACGGGCUAAAAUCAAGGAGAUGAUGAAACACGCGUGGGACAGCUACACACGUUAUGCCUGGGGUUCCAAUGAGCUGCGGCCCGUCUCCAAGCAAGGCCACUCCAGCAAUCUGUUUGGAAGCAUCAAAGGAGCGACCAUCGUGGACGCUCUGGACACGCUCUACAUCAUGGAAAUGUUUGAGGAAUUUGACGCUGCCACCGACUGGGUGGAGAAGAACCUUGACUUCAACGUGAACGCAGAAGUGUCCAUCUUCGAGGUGAACAUCCGCUUUGUCGGAGGCCUGCUGUCGGCGUACUACCUAUCCGGGAAAGAGGUUUUCCGUAGGAAGGCAGUGGAGCUGGGUGAAAAACUGCUUCCAGCCUUCAAAACACCCACCGGUGUCCCUUGGGCGCUGCUGAACCUCAAAAGUGGAAUCGGUCGAAACUGGCCCUGGGCGUCUGGCGGCAGCAGCAUCCUGGCGGAGUACGGAACGCUGCAUCUGGAGUUCAUACACCUCAGCAAACUGUCGCAAAACCCAGAGUUUGCUCAAAAGGUCAUGAACAUCCGCAAAGUUUUGAAUCGUCUAGAUAAACCGCAGGGGCUCUACCCCAACUACCUGAACCCAAACAGUGGCCAGUGGGGGCAGCAUCACGUGUCUGUGGGCGGUCUGGGUGACAGCUUUUACGAGUACCUGCUCAAAGCCUGGCUCAUGUCUGACAGGACGGAUGAGGAAGCCAAGAAGAUGUACUAUGACGCCCUGCAGGCCAUCGAGACCAACCUGAUAAGGAAGUCGAGCGGCGGGCUGACGUACAUCGCCGAAUGGAAGGGGGGCCUACUGGAGCACAAGAUGGGUCACCUCACCUGCUUCGCGGGCGGCAUGAUGGCGCUCGGCGCCGACGGGGCGCCCGGCGACAAGACGGGCCACCAGAUGGAGCAAGCCGCCGAGAUCGCACGCACCUGUCACGAGUCUUACUCCAGAACCGCUUUAAAGUUGGGCCCGGAGGCGUUCCGCUUCGACGGAGGAGUGGAGGCCAUCGCCACUCGGCAGAACGAGAAAUACUUCAUCCUGCGCCCUGAGGUGAUCGAGACCUACAUGUACAUGUGGAGGUUCACCCACGACCCCAAGUACCGGGACUGGGGCUGGGAGGCCGUCCAGGCCUUGGAGCAGCACUGUAAGAUGGAGGGGGGCUACAGCGGCAUCAGGGACGUCUACGCGGCCAAGCCCAACCACGACGACGUGCAGCAGAGCUUCUUCCUGGCGGAGACGCUCAAGUAUCUCUACCUGCUCUUCUCUGAUGACGACCACAUUCCCUUCGACCACUGGGUCUUCAACACGGAGGCCCACCCUCUGCCCGUCAUCAGGAGCGAGCGGCAGACGGAGCAGAACAACGAGGUGGAGUAGCCGACCAUCCGCACCGAGAACCUCGGAUCUCGUAGACCCGAGCCCGACGCUUCGGAUUUCUCUGGACCGGAAGUUUGUUUGCUUUGGAAUUCAUGGGGUCCAAGUGGACUUUCACUUUCCACUUGUCUUCUGUGGGAUAUUUUCACCACUCUAAGGUGGUCCAAUGUUCUCUUCAGAACCGGCGCCAGACGUGACGCUAGUGUGCUAACCGGUGGCGCCAAGGAGGACGAUCCCGGACGCCAUCUUUGUUUACAUUCGUCUUCUCCCCCCUCUGCUGUCCCGCCUCAGCAUCCGCAGGAAACCACGUUUGCUCUUUUGACCUUCAGGACGGAUACAGGAUGUUUUCCAAAAAAAAAAGGACAGGAAACCACGUUUGCUCUUUUGACCUUCAGGACGGAUACAGGAUGUUUUCCAAAAAAAAAGGACAUCUCCUGAGGGGGGUGUGGCUUGGGAACUGUAGCCACGCCCUCUCAUGACCUGCCAGUAACGUCGCAUCCUGUGAUCGUGUUUACAAGAAAACGUGCCCGAAAUCUAUCCCUCGUUAAAUACUCACCACGCAACUUUCGAAAUUCUUCUCAAAAAAACAACAAGGCGGCGCGAAACCACACAAUCCAGGGCAGCGACGCCCAGGCUGCUUCCUCCGAGACCGCGUGCAGGAAACAUCAACCAUGCAGGAACCGCUUUUCUAUUCACCUCUUUUUUUUAAAUUCCAAAAUAAUCCAAAAUAUGAUCAGAAAUGAGAAUUUUUCUAGCUGACAAAGCCAAUAUUCUUUCCUAUUAGUCUGACGUUUCUUUUAAUAUUCCACAUUUCAACUUAUUUCCCAGCUUUUUGUUUUCUUUGCAGGCCUUUAAAACAAUAACAAACAAAAAAAAGUAUUUCCAGAAAAAGCAGCGGUACAAUAAAAGACACAAGCUGCGGGCCCGGUUUGCAAAAAGUGGGACAAAAUGACUAUCUCCGAAAAUGAAGACAAAUUGACCAGUCAGUGUUGAUGAAACUGCAGUACCAGCCCUUACCACUAUGUGGUGCAGUGACACGGGGGCCGUCUAAAGUGUGGAUCGAUUGAAAUAAUGUUGGGAAAUGGAGGGAAAAUAGAGCAAAAAUGGAAAGUUUUUGCGUAUGCGGCCACACCCCCAAAAUGCACUCUAAAAAAACCCGAGAUGUCAGGUGGGAUACCUGGUGGUCGUCUACCAAGCAUAGUUUAUGUAAGAAUUUCUUCCUUGGCGCUCAUGCGUGUCAAAAAAAAUAUAUAUAGUUUUUUUUAUUGGGGGCGGGGAGGGUAAACUUUGUGCUAGUUUGUUUAUUGUUUUUGGUUUUUUUGCAGUCUUUGUUUUGGAUGUUGGUCGUCUUCUUGGGUGGUUUUUCUGCCACGUGAGGAAGGCUGCCAGACGCCCCCCUCCUCUAUGAGGAGACACACACGUGCUCACACACUGGAAGCCAUAACAGUCCUUGUAGUUCCGCUUCUCAAUGCAUCAUUCUCCAGAUGUUUUUUUUAUGGGCGUGUCCAAGGCGACGCCUCAGAAGCUAGUUUGAACUUGUGCCUUCGCUUCUGAAGUUGCUCCCACAAACAAAGGCUUGGUGAUCAUUAGUGGUAGAUAUUAGUACUGUAGCUUUAAGAGAGAGAGUGAGAGAGACAUGAGGAUGCUACCAAAACAACAACAAAUCAUCCUCAGGUGAUAGUUGGUGUAGUAGUGCCCCCUCCUGGCGAACAUGAAACGUGCAGCUGCUUUGACGGGACCAGUGGAGGGUAAACGUUGUGCAACACUGACACCAAGUGGUGAGAGGUGUACAUUACAGCGAUCCACUGCUCUACGCAAGAUGGCUUUUUACAACACAAAACAUAUCUCAGUCAUGCACGCGCGCUCUUGUUUGAUUUCUGGUCCUUAAUUGAUUAGAUCACAUGAUCAAUCCGGACCAAAAGGACCAUCAUACCUUUGACGUUAUUCACUCCGUGGACAUUUCAUUAGGUACAUCAACUGUGUGUGUGUGUGUGUGUGUGUGUGUGUGUGUGUGUGUGUGUGUGUGUGUGUGUGUGUCUGUGUGGUGGGGGGGAGGGAUUUCGCAUUCAUGUGAAUUGUCGACAUUUUUCUUUAUACAAACGCGACUUGCUUGUGAUCAUGUUUUCAGUACAAUAUUCGUCCCAUCAGGAAGCAGCAGCUAUAAUGAUGGCUAGCAAUCGUGUCAAAAUAACAAUAUACGAUAAAUACACACAUUUCUGUAUCCACUUUAAAGAUGAGAUGGUGUACCUAAGGAAUGGGGAUCACUUCUCUCGUGUACGGCAUCCGUUCGGUCAAAAAUGUGGUUUGACAAGCCGUCCCAUCAGAUUGUAAUCAGUGACAAUUAAUUUGUGUUGACUUUGCGUUUGUAUCCAUGCAAUGAUGGAUUUGAAUGUCUUUAAUUGUGUUAACUUAUUCGGGACCUGCCGAUGGUGUUGUAGCGUUACAAGCUGACCACCAGGGGGUGCUGUUGUUGCAGUCUAAUUAGUAGGAGUGAAUAAUCGUGACGAAUUAGCGACUACUGUCGUAGUUGAUUGGUUCAUGUCAGCGAACAGCAGGAAGUACACGUAAAGUUUUGGAGAGAAAUUUGUGAAUGUACCGGCUAAUGUGAAGAAGUAGUAUUGUUUUCGUCUCAGCACAAAUGAGACGGCGACUUCUUUGUCUUCCUCUUUUUUCCCGGUCUGUUCUUCAUCUUACUUUUUCCUGUUUUUUUUCAUCGUUGUCUUCUUUUUCCUCACAUUUGUCUUCCUCGUCUUCCUCAAAUGAGACGUUUUCGCUGGCAUUUUUCCGUGGCAUUUCUUAAUUUCAGUUCCAAUUUGGGGCGUUUUAAUCUGGAAACCCGUGGAUAGAUGAAAUAUUUAUCUAUUGUGAUGUUGUUUACCCGCCCGACAACAUUUCACUGCUUCGGUGAGGACAACUUUGCUUUAUUUCAAUCUGCGUUGGUAAACCUAUUUGGCAGUUGCAGUGUAUCUUGGUAAUACAUUUGCUGGAGGAUAAUUGAAGAUAUUUGUAGGCUGGAAGCUCCGUGAGAUAAUUUUAAUUACAUUACAUUACUCUAUAAUUGUGGUUAAAAAAGGGUUUAAAAGAAAAAAAUUGCAUCUGACAUUCAUUUUUGUAUCCUAAGAUUGUUUUUCUAGCUAAUUUCAGCUGAUGUAGGCAGAAACGUAGCUCUUGUUUUAAUAAUAAUAAUUUUGUUUAAUUUAAUUUUAAUUUUCCUGUUUAAUAAAUCAAGAUUUUAUGUGACAGCAAUCAUUCCAUUGCACACAGUUUACUCUCUUUUUUUGGUCUUCAUAUAAAAUAUUACUUUGUGGUAAUUUUUUUUGGUGUUGUUCAUAAAAUGAUGGUGAUUAUUAGAAAUAUUAUGGAGAAUUAUUGCAACUAUUCCAUAGUGGCAGAGAGACCACUGGACGUUUAUAUAAAGAUAUUCUGCGCUUUGUGGAUUCAAAUUAGAUGAAUGAGCUGCAGACUUUUUAAUAUACUAUAUUUGUUACACUUCUAUUGUGAAUAAAAAGAUCUUUUAUUA